AAAUUCUCUAAAUCAAAAUGUAAAUAAAAAUUUUUGGUAUAAAUAGGGCGAGAAAAAAGUUAAUUUUUAUUACAAGUGAAUUUUACUUACUUUUAAGACGUUCUAUUAAAUGCUGUAUUAAUUCAAGAAUUUGACGAGUAACUAGAAAUAAAAUACUAAAAGAAAAACAGAAAUGGAUUUAUCAACCAAUACUGCAGCUCCAGUUCUUCAAAUAGUUACAGUUGUCAAUUGUAUAAAUGCUUUAGGCAAUAUUUUCUAUCAAGAAAAUUUUCUAAAUGAAACUACAAAACAACAAUCAAUUCCAGUUAUAAAUACACUUUACGACUAUUUUUCCAACAACACUUAUGUCAACAGACAAGUUCGUGAACAAUUUGUGAUUGAUUUCUCAAAAAAAUUAGGAAACAAUUGCAAUUUAAAAAAAGAGGAUGAGUCGAAUGUUGCAACGAUUGGAAGGAAGGUUACCGAUAUUAUUGAAUUUAUUGUUUUUGAUGGGAAUUUAGAAAAGUUUAUUCAAAAUAUUAAACCAGAAGAAAACAUUGAUGAUGUAAAAACAGAAGAUAUUGAAAAUGCAUUAACUGGAAAAUUGUACGAUAAUGCUGAUGGUACAAAAUCGACAUUAACAGAACGUUCAAUUGAAAUAAUCAUGAAAGAUAUUGUUAGUCGAUUUCUUUACUCAUACGACGAAUAAAAAAUAUUAUUCCUUUUAAUAUUUUAUACGAUUUAUAAAAUUCUUUCAAAAUAAAAUCUAUUGUCUCUUU